GGGACAUGAAACUGGAGGAGCACCUCGUCGUCUCUUGGACAAUGCAUGAAUACUUGGAGGCAGUGCAGUCAGAUGAGUUCUACGAGAAAGUCGAAGGCGUGUUGGAGAUGGAUCUGGAUUCGCUUUCUCCGAGGCUAAGAGAAUGGGGUAUCGAGAUGACGCAGACAGCUAGCUCGAAAGAAGCACGGGUCAGGCAGAAGCAUUACCUCGCUGGUGGUUCAUGUCGGUACAUGUUCGAAAUGACCGCAGAUACGGUGCUUGAAGUGAUUGAUAGAGCGUUACUAAGUUCCCCAGAUUUAGAGCUUAUCUUUCGGGGUAGUAUAGGCCCUUCUUCGAUGCAGAUAGUCAAUCGCCUGAUAGCAACUUUCAAGAUUGACGGUGUUGUGAGCUGGUUGCCAGUGAGCAUGUAUGUUUCCUGGAGGCUUAUGCUCCAGGUUGAAGAAGAGGAGUUGACGAGGAUUUGCUCGAAAUUUGGCACACGAAGUGCGGCAGUGAAGGGAACCUUAUUCGAGUUGAUGUUUUUCAAGGAGGUGCAACGGGGCUUGAGAUUGACUUACCGCAGAAAACGUAGCAGACCAAUUAAGGCUCGGCCUUGGGAAAGUCGUAGCAUAGUGUUCUUUGAUCCGCUGCAACUCAAGAUUUCUCUCCCUACCACUUCGGUGUGCUUCAGACCGAUCAGCGAGCUUCAAGGAGGAUACGAUGCUGUGAUUGUAGACAAGGAUGCCAAAAGGGCAGUGUUUGUGCAGGUAACCGUGGCCGAGAAGCACAGUCUGAAGCUUUCUUUCUUCUUGGAUACUCUCAGGGCCCUCGGGAUUCCUGCAGGUCUUGUAUGGAAGGUCGAGAUCAUCUUCCUCAUUCCACGAGAGAGGAUGCCGGUGUUCCGGAUAAGUCCUGUCGAAGACUGCGGGGCGUUGGAGACAUAUGGAUGGAAGAAAGGCGAGGAAAGGAAGCAGGCGAAGGUUGCGUGCCUAACUUUAAAUUGAGAAUGAAUCAAAGCAAAGC